AUGACAAAAGCACAGCCUGGCCGCAAGCAUAUCAGCGGCCAACAAAAGGCAAGCCAGCUGCAGGCAAUCGGAAGACAAUCGCAGACGCCUGGAAUAGAAGAAAGCAGCUUGGUGAAUUUGUAUGAUGUAGUGUGCAUGGUGCAUGAUAAGAAAAUAAUCCGCACUGGUGUUUCACUCGUUGUUGGCGAUGAAGGCAACGCAAACGAGCCUAACUACUAUGCUGACACAUCAAGCGACAUGGCGGCAUCCUCACGCCGCCGCCUAUCUGCCAGCAGCGCGCGCACACGCACACGGCGUCCAACCACCACCAGCGAUGACAGCGCCCAGCAGCAGUAUUGGCGUGGCAAAGUAGAUGAGGACAACUCAGCUAUCGCUGCCUCCAACAACCCAAGCCAAAGGCGUGACGACAUACGCGGCAAUAGUCGCAAACGCAAACAACCCGCCAUACGUGAACCGCUCGCCGCGCUUGAAAAGGAACAGAAGCUGUACGAGUUGCGCGAUAAACAGCGGCAUGAGACUGCGCCGAAUGUGAACUUUCGUGAUAAAUCUUAUCGUCGCCCCUAUUCACAAGCAAAAAAGGAUGUCGAAUUGCCAGUCGCCGCAGACUCAGCCUUCACGAAUGGCAAAACAACCGUCGAUUUGAAGCACAUACUCAAGAACGCCGGCGGUUUGAGUCUAAGUGAGAUUUUGCAGCAAAAGAACCUGUCGCUAGACGAUUUGUUGAAAGGCAAACAGAAUGCGCUGCAGGUAUUGCAGAGCACAGCCUCGGCGCCACCAUCCAUGCCAACUAAAACAGUUGAUAGUAAACCAAUUAAACCGAUACGUCGCAUUCCACCACUAAGCAUUGCAAAUGCCGCAACUACCAGUUCAACGCAGCAGACAUACACGGAUGAUGAUAUGAGCGUGGAGCCGCGUACAACACCAGACGAGUCAGCUGAGAAUGAAGACGCGCAGUUGCGCAGCAAAGUCAAAUUACCCGCCUUGCAGCGACUCAAAUAUUUCGGCAGUUCAUCACGCGCCACAACGUCACAUAGCGGUAUCCCUAUUGGAAGUACAAGACGCACAGGCGUUCUAGCAAGCAGCACCACAACAACUCCGACAACGCAAAUUACAACUCGUCUGCCCAUCUACAAAAAGAAUUUUCUGCAACGUUCGACGCUAAAGCCGACAUUUCUGUUAAAGAAUGCAAUGCCAUCAGCGCCCGCAAGGCAAGAGCCCACAACAAAGGAAGUGCCAAUCUCAGAGCAAAAACUGACCACCACCAUACUGAACAAUAGAUACAAUAGGGAGCCGACAGCAGUAGGCGAUGAAGAAGAUAAUCAACAUGAGUUGACAGUGAGUGUCAAGCCGGAAUUGAACGAACAGGCUGCGGAAGUCGAUACCGAAGAACAACAGGAGGAAGAGUACUUGCGCGAUGAGGAGGAAAGUGAUGUGCAAACGACAAGCAAAUUCGAUUAUGAGGAGCGCUACGACCUACAUCCGGACACAACACCAAUAACCACAUUAACCACAAGCACGACAACGACCACAAUAGCAACAACGAGACACGUUACAACAACACCUAGCAGCCUAGCAACAUCCGCCUUGAGUAUAGCCUCAACCGUUGCGAGCUCAUUGCCGGCACUACGCGCGCAGUCGAAUCUUAAGACAAAUUCCAUCGACGCGGAUAAUACGCGCACGCAUUCAACGCCUAAAAAUCCAAAUAGCGAUGGGCUAGAGAACUUGUUCGGCGCUCAAACAACCUUUGGUAAACAACGUGAAAAAUUAACUACCGCCGUCGAAAGCAUUACUCCCCGCAUCGAUCACGCGAAGCCCGCAAUCGCUGGUGAUUCAUUCUCCUAUCAAGACUCUGUCCCAGAUUUCGAUGGCGUAGAUGACCGCACUGAUCUGCUGGAGCUAAUCGAAGAUCGACGUUCGGGCAAUCGUCUCUUCAAAGUGCUCGAACAGCGCAACAUGACGCUCGAGGAACUGAUUGAGCACCGCAAACGCGGCUCCAGCCAGCUGCACUUGGCGACGGUAGUGCAGAAUCGGUCGCGAUUUUUUCCCGGCCAGAAGGUCGUUCUUCACGAUAAUAUGGAUAUUGUUACGGCGUUUGAGAAUUUUCCACAUUUCAAUCUGAUAGACCUGAAGAGCGUAAAGCCAGACGAUAUUAAGACAGAUUCACAAGGCGCCAGCUACUUCACUUCUAUCAUCGACAUUGAGCCGACAGAUGAGAUAUACAAGGACGAGACGCGCAGCGUCAAUAGUGGCAAAGGUGCGGUAGAACGUUCUUCCUACCCACAGAUGCAACGCACCGAAAAAUCAGUUGGUUUCUUUCCCUCCUGGAAAACGCUGGCACUGGCCUCACUUGCAAGCAGCACACGCGCCGACGCGUCCACCAAGCGCAACCCCUUCUUCUUACCGCCAACUCAAUUGCUUCUUGAAAACGUCUCCGGCGAGUUGGACGAUAGUGAUUUCCUGCUAGACAACGAAACAAAUACAAACACGAACAGUGAAUCCCCACAGCAGCAGGAACUAACCAUCGCGCAGCAACAAACUAACGACGCCAACCUCGAGGACACUGUGGAAGCCAUCGAAAACGAAGUGGAACGUGCGCAUGAUUUGCUCGACCUCGAGCUAUCGGGCCACGGCUUCAAACGCAGUCCAGCAGCAGCGGCCGUUUCCACAUCCGCGAACCACAACAGCAUUUACAGCAACAUGCCGGCGGGCAUACGCUCUGCCAUAGUAGCCAGCGCGGCCAUUGUACUCACCUCACUUGCAACAUUUAUGAUCAUUUUUGUGGUGUGUCGCUGGAAGCAGCGGCGCCAACGCAAAACCAGCUACACAAAGACAUACAAUGCGAUGAAGAGCAAACUGCCGACUGUAUCGAAUGCGUCGCACCGCUCCUCCCUACGCAACAUGGAAGAGAUGGUCGGCGGUGUGUCCACAGUGUCUGUGUCGCCGGUGCAUCAGCUGCAGCGCCAAAGCUCAUUGCUUUUUCCACGACACUGCAGCAAUGGCGGCGGCAGCGUCAGCGGCGGUUUUGAUGUCGACGAAUUGAGCUGCGACCGAAGUGAUGGAGGUGGAGGCAGGGGAAAUAAAGUUAUGCUCGGCGCGACGCGCGGCAGUCUGGGCAACAGUGGCGGCAUCGGCAGCGCUACCGGCUCCACAACAUCACUGGCGCUGUCGCUGCAGAGCGUGCAUAACAUUUCCACCAACAAACUCAACACAAUGGAUCCGAAUUCGCCGGAAGUGCAAGAGUACUUGUUCGAUGCGCUGCGGAAGUCCUACUAAGCGGACGCAGAGUUGUAUUUGUUGAGUUGUUUUGUGGAUACUAAUUUUAAAAAUUAUUGUAGCAUAAGUUUUAUGUAAGUUUUAAAGUUUUCAACAAUUUUUGAACAUUUUUAAAGAAAAGACGAAAAACGAAACAUGUUGCCAAAAAAUAUAAAAACACAACCCAGUAGACUAAGGAAGCGGGAUAAAUGAGUGUAACUGUAAAAUAGCGAAGAAAAAAGAAAAUUUUAUAAACGAAAAAAUAGUAUUAACCCUUAGAAGAAAUUUUUGGCCGUAGUGAAAAGGUCACGUAUUUCCUUAGAUAAAAAUUAUGAGUACACAAACUUACAAAAUAUGGAAAUAUGCACACAAACAAUUUUUUCAUAAAUUUACAAAAGUAGGAGUAACGCGGUUUUUACUAAAGUGCGCAAGGAUUCGAAAUUUUAGAGUAAUUACAAAAGCGGGUUUUCAGACAACACAACGGA